ACCACACACACACACAGACAGAGCAGAGUACAGUCAGAGGGUUCCUUCAGUUUCUUCAGUAUCUCUCAGGAGCUGCAGGUAUUUCCCAGAAUGCACAUCUUCCUCAUCUUCCUCCUCUUCGUCCUCCUCGUUGCUACGGUAACAGCGGUUUUUGGUUGUCACGGCGGCAGAGAUAAGGACCACCGGAGACAGGAAAACUGCACCGCGGCAGGAUUCACCGGAGUACCGACGGGACUCGAACCCGCGACCAAGGUUUUGUUGUUUCCCCAGAACCUAUUCUCCAGCCUCUCCUGGUCCUCCUUCCAGAUCUUCACGGAGAUCUACGAGAUCGACCUCACUGGAAACAAGGUUCCAGAGUUGACCCCCAGCUCCGCUCCGAUCCUCCCCAGCCUCAGAGUCCUCCGGCUGGGAUCGAACCGGCUGACCUCCCUCCCUGAUGGAUCCUUCUCCGCCUGUCCGGCGCUGACUGAACUCUACCUGGAGGGCAACGCCGUGGUUUCUCUGAGCGACAACACCUUCUCCGGACUCAGCAAGCUCGAGAUCCUGGACUUAUCGUCCAAUCGUAUCCAGGUUCUUCCUCAGCUCAUGCUACAACCCCUCGCUGUGAUCGAGACCCUGAACAUCGAGAACAACAAGGUCCUGGCGAUGCCUGACGGUUGGUUCAGCCCGAAGGAGGACGUGCCGUACCUUUUCCUCUCGGCCAAUCCCUGGGCCUGCUCCUGUUCCCUCGGUUACCUGCGCAGAUACAUUGAUGAAUAUGAAUUCAACGUGUACGUACGGAAUGGACCGAUCCUCAAGACCGACCCUUGGAGCGUGGUGUGCGACUCUCCUCUGAGGCAUAAGGCAACAGCUGUAUUGAAUCUUGAAGAAUCUGAGCUGUGUCCACCAGAGCCAGAGCAUCCGAUACGUGGAGACGGAAACAAGCCAAUGGAAACUGUGGCUCCCACCGUCCCAGUUCUUACUAAUACUCCCAUUCAUACCACUACUACUGCUGUUUCUAUGACUACUGCUUUCCCUACUACACCUCCUAUCCCUUCUUCUCCUUUGACACCAACGUUUGUAGAAUGGUCAGACCACUCAACAAAUGCCCAAACUGAUCCUUUAACCGCGGCCAAGACGACCACCACCACUACGAAGGCAACAACCACCACCCCCAUGGCAACAACCACCACCCCCAUAGCAACAACCACCACCCCCAUGGCAACAACCACCACCCCCAUGGCAACAACCACCACCCCCAUAGCAACAACCACCACAACCAAGGCAACAACCACCACCCCCAUACCAACAACCACCACAACCAAGGCAACAACCACCACUACCAAAGCAACAACAACCGCCGGCGAUGACUCAGUAACCGGUCGAUUUCGCAGCGUCCGAGGCGCUGGGGUUUUCUGUUUCUGGCUUUUCGCCGGCUGCUCCCUGCUGUGCUUGGUGUCGGCGGUGGCCAUUUUGGCGACCGUGGCGAGGAUGGUGUUCUGGUACCGGCGGGUCUACAAGCCAAUUAGCGCGGCACUAACGAGGAGGCAGGAGGUCGUUAGGCUGUUAACGAGGGAAGGGAGGGAUGAGGGGAGUGCUGUGUAUCGCUCAGUUCUGUACGUCCAUAGAGAGGGGGGAGUCGAGGAAGAAAGGGGGGAGACGGGAGGGGGUUUACAGGAACACGAUGUACCGAGUGAUGAGCAAAGAAGAGGAAGUGGGGGGGAGGAAAGUGAUGGAGGAGUGUCAGGUAUCGGGGGAGGAAAGGGGGAGGAGAAUGGGGGAUUCCAGGAAGCGCUACAGCGUUAUUUUGAGGGAGGAGGCGGGGGGGAGGGGGGAGAAGGAGUGGGUGGUGGGGGGGUGGGAGGGGGCGGGGGAAGAGGCAAGGAGCAGCUGGGGGGAGUGGCUUACUCAUUACUUACCCAGCAUGCCCUGGGGUGUGGCCCCGCCUCCUGA